CACGUCACAAAUUAUGAAAACAAUUAUCCUCGUCGUACUUCUACUCGGAGCAUGGGCAUAGGAAAAGACAAACAAAGUCGAAUGCCCUGUCAUUGGUAUUGAUUUAGGAACAACAUAUUCAUGUGUUGGAAUUUACAAAAAUGGAAAUGUCGAAAUCAUUCCAAACGAAUAAGGAAACAGAAUUACACCCUCAGUUGUCGCAUUUACAGAUGAAGAACGUCUCAUUGGAGAAGCUGCCAAAAACUAAGCAGCAAUCAACCCUACCAGAACACUCUACGAUGUCAAAAGAUUGAUCGGAAGAAAGUAAGAAUCUUAAUCUCAUAGUAUUAUAGAUUCACAGAUUCCACAGUCCAAUAUGAUAAAAAGUUUAUGCCAUAUGAAAUCGUCGAUAAGGACACCAAACCAUACAUUAAAGUCACCAAUAUCAAGGGUCAUCAAUCCAAGAUCUUUGCCCCUGAAGAAAUUUCAGCUAUGGUUUUGACCAAAAUGAAGGAAAUCUCAGAAACCUAUUUGGGAAAGAAAGUUAUUAAUGCAGUUGUCACAGUGCCAGCCUAUUUCAAUGAUGCUUAAAGACAAGCUACCAAAGAUGCAGGAACCAUCUCAGGUUUGAAUGUGGUGAGAAUUCUCAAUGAACCAACAGCAGCAGCUAUAGCCUAUGGACUUGAUAAGAAGGAUGGAGAAAAGAACAUCUUGGUCUUUGAUUUAGGAGGUGGUACUUUUGAUGUUUCCAUCUUGACUAUUGAUAAUGGUGUCUUUGAAGUCGUUGCCACUUCAGGAGAUACUCAUUUGGGAGGUGAAGAUUUCGAUCAAAGAGUCAUUGAUCAUUUCAUCAAGGUCAUUAAAAAGAAGCACAACAAAGACAUCAGUGCUGAUAAGAGAGCCAUCCAAAAAUUAAAGAGAGAAAUCGAAAAAUCAAAGAGAGCUCUCUCAGCAACCCAUGAAACCAAGAUCGAAAUUGAAGAUUUAGUCGAUGGUUUGGACUUCAAUGAAGUACUCACCAGAGCUAAGUUCGAAGAAUUGAACAAUGAUCUCUUCAAGAAGACUACUGGACCCAUGUAAACUGCUUUGGAAGACUCUAAAUUCAAAAAGACUGAAAUUCACGAAAUCGUUUUGGUUGGAGGAUCAAGCAGAAUUCCAAAGAUUAGAUAAAUUGUUAAGGAUUUCUUCAAUGGAAAGGAAGCUAACACUGGUAUCAAUCCAGAUGAAGCUGUUUGCUAUGGUGCUGCCAUCUAAGGAGGUAUCAUCUGUGGUGAAGAAUCUAAUGAAACCAAAGGUUUGAUCGUUAUCGAUGCUACUCCUUUGAGUUUGGGUAUUGAAACUGUUGGUGGAGUCAUGACUAAGAUCAUUCCAAAGGGAUCAUACAUUCCAACCAAGAAAUCUCAAACCUUCACUACCUAUCAAGAUCAACAAUAAACUGUCACCAUCUCAGUUUUUGAAGGAGAAAGACCACUUGUUAAAGACAAUCACAAGUUAGGAACAUUCGAUUUGACAGGUAUCCCACCAGCUCCAAGAGGAACUCCUUAAAUUGAAGUUACUUUCGAAAUUGAUGCCAAUGGUAUCCUCCAAGUUGGUGCCCAAGAUAAGGGAACUGGAAACAAGAAUCAAAUUGUUAUCACCAACGAUUCAGGAAGAUUAUCAAAGGAAGAAAUCGACAAGAUGUUGAGAGAGGCUGAAGAGUUUGCUGAUUAAGAUAAGGCUGCUAAGGAAAGAAUUGACGCCAAGAACUCUUUGGAAAGUUACAUCUACUCAAUGAAGAACCAAAUUGAAGUAAUAUCUUAUAUUUAUCAAUUUAGGAUCCAGAGAAGUUGGCUAACAAAUUGUCUGAUGAUGACAAGGAUACUAUUAAGGAUGCUUUGAAGGACAGCUAAGAUUGGUUAGAUAAAAAUCAAAAUGCAGAGAAGGAAGACUAUGAAGAGGAACUCAAAGAAUUAGAAAAGUAUAUCAAUUUAAUAUAUUCUUUAGAAUCUGCAAUCCNUGCAGGAACCAUCUCAGGUUUGAAUGUAGUGAGAAUUCUCAAUGAACCAACAGCAGCAGCUAUAGCCUAUGGUCUUGAUAAGAAGGAUGGAGAAAAGAACAUCUUGGUCUUUGAUUUAGGAGGUGGUACUUUCGAUGUUUCCAUCUUGACUAUUGAUAAUGGUGUCUUUGAAGUCGUUGCCACUUCAGGAGAUACUCAUUUGGGAGGUGAAGAUUUCGAUCAAAGAGUCAUUGAUCAUUUCAUCAAGGUCAUUAAGAAGAAGCACAACAAAGACAUCAGCGCUGAUAAGAGAGCCAUCCAAAAAUUAAAGAGAGAAAUCGAAAAAUCAAAGAGAGCACUCUCAGCAACCCAUGAAACCAAGAUCGAAAUUGAAGAUUUAGUCGAUGGUUUGGACUUCAAUGAAGUACUCACCAGAGCUAAGUUCGAAGAAUUGAACAAUGAUCUCUUCAAGAAGACUACUGGACCCAUGUAAACUGCUUUGGAAGACUCUAAAUUCAAAAAGACUGAAAUUCACGAAAUCGUUUUGGUUGGAGGAUCAAGCAGAAUUCCAAAGAUUAGAUAAAUUGUUAAGGAUUUCUUCAAUGGAAAGGAAGCUAACACUGGUAUCAAUCCAGAUGAAGCUGUUUGCUAUGGUGCUGCCAUCUAAGGAGGUAUCAUCUGUGGUGAAGAAUCUAAUGAAACCAAAGGUUUGAUCGUUAUCGAUGCUACUCCUUUGAGUUUGGGUAUUGAAACUGUUGGUGGAGUCAUGACUAAGAUCAUUCCAAAGGGAUCAUACAUUCCAACCAAGAAAUCUCAAACCUUCACUACCUAUCAAGAUCAACAAUAAACUGUCACCAUCUCAGUUUUUGAAGGAGAAAGACCACUUGUUAAAGACAAUCACAAGUUAGGAACAUUCGAUUUGACAGGUAUCCCACCAGCUCCAAGAGGAACUCCUUAAAUUGAAGUUACUUUCGAAAUUGAUGCCAAUGGUAUCCUCCAAGUUGGUGCCCAAGAUAAGGGAACUGGAAACAAGAAUCAAAUUGUUAUCACCAACGAUUCAGGAAGAUUAUCAAAGGAAGAAAUCGACAAGAUGUUGAGAGAGGCUGAAGAGUUUGCUGAUUAAGAUAAGGCUGCUAAGGAAAGAAUUGACGCCAAGAACUCUUUGGAAAGUUACAUCUACUCAAUGAAGAACCAAAUUGAAGUAAUAUCUUAUAUUUAUCAAUUUAGGAUCCAGAGAAGUUGGCUAACAAAUUGUCUGAUGAUGACAAGGAUACUAUUAAGGAUGCUUUGAAGGACAGCUAAGAUUGGUUAGAUAAAAAUCAAAAUGGUGAAAAAGAAGACUAUGAAGAGGAACUCAAAGAAUUAGAAAAGUAUAUAAAUUUAAUAUAUUCUUUAGAAUCUGCAAUCCAAUCAUUAGUAGAGUUUACUAAUAAUCUGGAAAAUAAUAAUAAGCAUCAGAUGACGACUACGAUUCCGAUUUAUGAUUUAUGUAUAUUUCUGUGUGUUUUGAAUUAAUUAUUCAGUUAAAC